UUGUUUUUUUUAAGGGCCGUGACGACUUUUCACAGUCAGGGUGGAGAAUGUUGAAAAAUAUAUAAUGUGAACCCUAUCUCUGUAGUUUACUCCAAGUCUUCUGAAGAGCACAGCCCCGAGAGCAAAGAUCCCAUCAAGAUCCCUCAGUUGUCUCCAAGAUGAAGGCAACUCAUGCUUUUGUGCUUUCUGUAGUGCUCUUCGCCAUCUUCUCAGAUGCCACAUCCUCAAUGGUGAAACAAGAUGCAGCUAACCAAAAGGAGAGACCUGUUAUUUCCAACCCAAAGCAGAGACCAGGCCAAGCUAGUCAAAUGGCCAGACCAGCUACUCCGGGUCAGACGGACAAACCGGGGAAUAACAACCAAAUGGGGACUCAGGUUGGCAUCGCUGGUAGCAAGAACCCAUCGACCGGAACCGUCUGUCCAGCGAUAUUCAGUCCUGUCUGCGGCUCUGAUGGCAAGACCUAUGGCAAUGGAUGCUUAUUUAACGAAGCUAAGAAGAAAAGCAAUGGAAAACUUACCAUGAGUCAUGAAGGAAAAUGCUAAGCCCUUAACAAGGCUAAGGCUGGAGUCCUGUUUUUAGCAUUCUCUUUCCACCAGUCGACAGACUCCUCAGAGUCUUUAGAAUCACACUGCCUACUCAGCCGUCCUGUUAAAAUGAUCUUGCGGAGCUGCCCGAUCAAUAAAAUCAACUCCAAAGUU